CAUUUGUCUUCACCACAACGAAAAUGUUGUCAAUCCCUGCUAAUUUUUAAAUUUUACUUUGUUUAUAACUAAUAAACAUACCUACUGCUGGUAAAAUUACCCAGUCAUAGUGUAAUGAUCAUUUCGUGGCCAUCUUUCUUAUAAUCAACACUACUUCAUCACUAUCAAAAUGUUCGACAACUACGUAUCUCUAUCAUGCGAGCGGUACGGCGACUUAAUGAAGAAAUACGACGUGUUCCAAGCAACGUGUGACGAUGCGACCAAGACACCUGUCACCGUGUACACUCCUCUGACAAAGAAUCAGUUGGAUGAGCUGUACCUGAUCAGGGAAGUCAGUAAGACACUGCAGAAGAAGAAGGAAGAGGAUAUGAAGAAGCAGGCUGCGCAAGCGGCAGCUGAACAGGAGAAGGCGGAAGAAGUCAAGCCUAAAGAAGAGAAAGCAGAAGAAAAGGCAGUAGAAGAAAGCAAGUAGAAUGCCUAAAUAGCCUGUUGUAGUUUAAUUUAUUUAUAAAAAUUUAGUUUGUAAGGA